GGUAGAAAGAUGUCGAAUGGAAGACCAUAUUGGCAGGCAGGGAACGUGUUCAAAGAUUCUUCUUGAUUGUGAUUUCAAAGACAAUGGCUGUCAAUUUCAAGGAAAUCAUCUUAAUUUAUGUAUUCACAUGGAAAACAACGUUGGCUUGCAUCUUAGUUUGAUUGCUAGUGCACUUAAAGAAACAAAAGAAAAAUCAGCUGCUAGUGAAUUGAAAUUAGACCGCGAACUGAAUAUUGCAAAAGGAGAACUAAAAGCUGCUAAAGAUGAACUAAGAGAAACUAGAAAAGAACUGACCAAAGCUACAGCAAAAAUUUCUAAGAAGAUCAAUAGGAGGCGUCUGUAUCUUUUACCAGAAAGAUCGGAUUUUUUGUUCACUUGGACCAUAGAUAAUUGGCAUGAACAGACAAAGACGUUAGACAACUAUGUGUUGUCUAGCAAGCCAUUCUACGUUCCUCCUGGGUAUCACUUGCACCUUCAAGCUUAUCCAAACGGUGAGAAUGCUGACAGCAGAGGCUAUCUUUGUCUGUAUCUAUUUUCAACUGAAGGUGAUUUUGACAAUGAAGUCAAAUGGCCAUUUCCCUUUUCUUGUGUCUUUGAACUUGUAGACCAACAAGUUGAGAGGAAAAGUAUUUGCAAGAAAAUAUCACCACCAUAUCCAGAUGCACUGACGUCUUCUACAUGUGAUAUGGGUUUUGGUUAUAAAAAGUUUGUUUCUCAUGACAAAAUGAUGUCACGUUGUUACAUCAAAAAUAAUUCAAUUUGCAUAAAAAUGCAUGUUCAUCUCAAGAUUGGAGGUGAUCAUGACUGACACAAACAUUUUAAAUAUUAUUGAUGUCUGGACUUAUUGUGAGAUGUUUCGUUGCUCUUUUAUUGUUUUCAGUACUGUUUGUUGUUAGUAAACCAUAAUAUUACUUGCAGCUAUAGCCUCGUUGUUCUUUCUGCUAGAUUGCUAUAUAUCAUGUGCAACACGUGCCAAACAUGUGGAAAAAUGCACAUGUUUGUUUAGUCCAC